AAUACUUCUGGUAAAAGACUUUGGCCAGUGUAAUUCCAUAUAUUUUUCUAUAGUUCAAAGAUUGGUUAGAGCACAAGUAUCACAAACACUAAGACUUUGUGAAACUCAGAUGUAGUCAAGUGGUCGAGUAUCACGACCUUUGUGAAACCACGUGAGACUAAGAUUACCUUGCUUUGACGUAUGGAAGAAGUAAUUUCGGCCGACUUUGAAGACGCCAAGUAUCAUAAACACUAGGAUUAUACUUGCAAAACCUUAAAUACUGCUGGUAAAAGAGCAUAGAUGGACUAAGUCUUCUUUUUUCCAACGAUUCCUAAUCUAAUGAUGAUGAGUCAACUAAGAGGUCGAAUUUACACACCAUCAAAGUCCGAGGGAAAGUAGCUGCCGCCGAUACUGAAAGUGCAGCAAAAUGUGUUGAAAAUCUAGCAAAAGUUAUAAUAGUUGAUGAAGCAUAAUUAAUUGUUCAUUCCCAAAAAGAGAUAAGAGUAAAUUACAGGUAUACAGAGUGUUCCGUGACUCAACCGACAAACUUAUACCAUAUAUUCAGGGGGUCAUUACGAUCAAAAAAUGGUAUAUCACCUAUAGACGAAUUUUUCUAAACGCCAAGUUAUAAAGCAGCAAGACAGAGUACCACUUGUAUUUGUCACCAACGCCUUAGGUAGUAUGAAACUGAAACCAACCUUAAUUUACCAGAAUGAAAAUCUGAGAUAGAUUAGACUCUAAAAAGAAUAACACACCACACGGAAGAGGACCUAUAGGACGACCACCUAAACGAUGGCAAAACAAUUGGUAGUCAACAUCACAAGAAGAGGAAGAAUAACAUCCUAGAGGUCAUCAAAAUUAUGAGAAGUCUUCCUAUUCACUGAAGAUCUAACAAGAAAGCUCGAAACGCAAAGUCCUUGAAACGCAAAUACACAAUACAAUUAAUUAAUGAUAUUAGACCAUCCGAAAAUACUUUACAAGCGUUUGAACACCUUGACAAAGCACUGGUCGAAUAUAUCGAAGUCUUAUUGUCGUUAUAAAGAAAUUUACAAAGAACAGAAAAAAACUGCAACUCAAAGAAUUUUUCUAGAUACCUAUUUCCAUCAAAAAAUUUGUAUCAUCAAUGUCCAGAUCCUACUCUUUCUCUCUUCUUUACCAUUACAGCCUUACCCGCCUCCACUCGUCGUUCUUCGUUUCCAUCCUUUUCCAGCUUAGUGUCUGCGUGUACUCAUCUUUUCCUUGGCUUUCCUACUGAGAGCUGUCCUUGCAUUCUUGUUAUAAUGCUUCGUUAUUCCUGAUUAUACUUUCCCUAUGCUACUGAGCUCCAGCUGUUUUUUCAUCACAUUGAAGGUCUUCCUAUUGGUCUUUUGGUAUAUAUUUUGUACAUUUUGGCUGAUCCAUUCUUGAUACAUGUUCAUUCCAUUCUCGUUUCUGCCAGAUCUAUCUGGUGAUGUUACCUUUUUCUCUAAUUUCUGUGUUUCUCUUACAAUCCAUUAAAGUAUUACGGAUAGCAUACGUUGUAUAAUCUGGCAUUGUUUGCGAUUGUUAAAUGUUGUUUGUUGCCUUUAUGGUUUGCUUUGUAACGCUGUUUUUUUAAACGCUCAAAGCAGUAUUAAGACAUAGGAUUUAUAAAUCAAAAUACCUCUCCAUAACUAAGUGGUAAAUAACUCCCACACAGAAAGUUCUAUUAGAGCAUCGAAAACUAAGAUUGAAGGUAAAGAUCGACGAUAAAUCAAUUAGUAAUUAGGGUAGAACCACAUUAAUUAUUACAAGUUACGUCGGCGAGGUUGCAAGAACUCAACUGCGGCCCAUUAGUAGUUCUUCAACGUUGCUCGCCCCAAAACCGAUAUAUGGAACCAUCACGUUAUGGCGAUAGCAAAGCUUGUCACCACCGUAACGAGGGGCCAUUUAUCUUUUGGACGAUGGCAUAAAUGAGCACUUUGGAUGCUGUUGGCUUUAAUUAAUAAUGCCCCAGAUCAAUCAAGUGGGCCGUGUAACGCGUCGUCGUGAUUUCGGGUUCAAUUUAUGAUACGUUCGUGUGUCAAAAAUUGAUUUUCGUGACGUUAUGAAGUAUGCGCCUGUCUGAUCUUGUUGGCGUUGAUCGAACGUUGUUUUAUUAUCGAGAACAAGAGUAAAUUGGUGAUUUUUUUUUACUAUUUGAUUAGAUUUGUUUUUAACGAUUUUCUUUGUUUUAGGAGUUUCUGCGAACAUUGAUAGGUUGGAACUAUUGAUGCCCAAAUAUGCUAUUAGAGGAGGAGAUGUGAUUUUGAGGUGUGAUCACACCGUCUCUAACGAGCAACUACAUAAAGUGGAAUGGCAUAAAGCUGAAAAGAAGAUUUUCCAAUAUGUUAAAGGGAGGAUUCCGCCGUUUAGGAAGUUUCCCGAUGCACUUUCUGGGGCUACGGUUAACCGAACCGGCAGCAAUGACAAGCAACUACAACUGUCCAAUUUAAAUUUUAGCGCAUCAGGAUCAUACUCUUGCAUUGUAUCUAUGGAAACGCCAAUUUUCAGCAAAGAUUCCGAAAGGCAUGUUCUUACAAUUAUAGAACCACAAGCUGAUAACCCAAAUAUAACUUUUACAAAGGACAGAUACGAAGUGGGAGACACGUUGGAAGUGAAUUGCACGAGCGCCCCUUCAAGACCGCCAGCUCAUAUCACGUGGUACAUCAACGAAAUGAAGGCACCAGAAAACUUAACAAAAAGUUAUUUUAAUGGCAAAAUUCAUGGUUAUUAUGACCAAAUCGCAUCAGCAACUAAACAGCUGUCAAUCGAAGUCUCGGAUUUGCAUGUUGGUGAAAAUGGACUUCGAUUAACUUGCAUGUCAACAAUACCUGGGUACAUCACCGAUGAUGAAACAUAUGCGGACAAGAGAGAACAUUCAAUAAGAGUUAUCGUUGAAAAUGUAGAGCCGCCGAAAAAGCCCAACGAACAAACUCAAAAUGAUAUCCCCGAAUUGGAGAGUAACUGUUCGUGGUCGGCGAAAACAGCUUCGUCGGCUUUUUUGAUAUUUCUCUCGUUCUAUAUUCUCCAGUAAGAAAAAAAAUACUCCGUCUUCAAUAAAAAUAAGGAGAAUUUAUUGAAUAAAAAAAUGAUGAGAAGAAAAUUUCGACGUAACUGUUUUCUAUGUUGCAUGUAAAUUAUAUGUUAUAGGUGUUGAGACGAAAAGUAACGCGAUUACCGACAAUUUUCUUCGCAACUUUGAACAAAGAAAGUUUUCGGAACUUAAAACAAAAAAAAUGAAUUUAUAAAAUUGUAUAUAAAGGAGUCCGAAAAGGACGAUUACGAUAUACUUUCCGUGCUUUUUAUGAAAAACAGAACCCGUGGUGCUGAACUUACUUGAAAAUUAAGCUAACAAUUAAAAUAAGUUGAAAAAAAAAAACGCAAACGAAUAUUUUAUUAAUUAAAUUUAAUAACGAUUG